AUGAGCCCCGCCAAACCCGCAGUAUCCCUGGACUCCCUCCCCAACGAGGUAUUUGUCGAAACUCUAUCAGACUUCUCAACCCGAGAACUUCUCCCACUCAUAUCCGUCAACCACCGAUUCCACGCACUAGUCCUAAGAAUACUCCAUUACCGUCUACUCCUGAGCACUCCACUCAAGGAGUACACUCUAUUAUUGGAAUGCUUUCAUCCUAGCUCCAAGCUUACAGAGCCACACGUCUUCUGCAAAUACCUUGGAACAGAUGGACUAACUGACCGUCAUGAUGGAGCGGGUUCGUUAUAUGAGGAUGUCAACACCGCCCAACAACUGGGUAGAGUAACGGGAUUAUACUCACGCUUUCGACCGGAGGCAAGCAGAGAUGAAGAAGAUGAGCAGCGGGGGGAUAAUGCACAUUUAGGAUUGUCGCAAGGCGCUGAGAAAGAAAGCGCAGUCAUCCGUGAAUUCACAAUAGAUGGAUAUGAGGAUUUCUCGCAGCUGUGUGUGGUUGCCAAUCUAGUGCAGGUCAGGCCAGGGACCUCAUUAUUGUUGUCUGCGUCAACUAUUGAAGAUGGGUUUGUUCGAUUGUGGAGAGACUGGCUGCAUCGUCAAAGUAGGAAGAUGGAGAAGGCUACCGAGACUGCCCGGGAAGAGGGCUCUGCGAAUGUUUCGGUGUCGUCAUCAUCGGAUGAUAUACUAUGGGUGGACACUGGCAAGACCGUUGGGUUGAAAAUGCGCGUGCGACCCAAGGCGUGGAAUCCAUCUUUCCCUAUAUUGAUACAUCAAGAUGACCGGGAUGAUAAUGCUUGGGUGGGAUAUGAAGUGAUUCUGGAAGAACUCCACAUCCGCUCCACGCGCUUGCUGCUAGUUGUUGAGCAGGCAAAGGAGGAACAGGAAAUGCAUCAAAGCAAUGCAAUUGUAAUUGGGGCUCCAACUCCAGCUCUACUAGCUUGA